ACUUGCCCUAUCACUAUCCCCGCACCUAACCCAUCAAUGAAGAACAACCCAUGUACAUAAUUCCUUUUUGUAAUUUGAACACCAGAUAUGAACGUAGUUACUUGUUGUUCUUGUUCGUUUCGUCAGUAAUAUUAUCCUUGGACCAUUGAUACUCUUAAACUUAAGAUUUAUUUUUAGGUGAAACACUUACAUGGAAAAUACUCUUGAUUGGUAUGCUGAAGCAAAAUCUGUGAUACAGAGUGAGAGAUCCUUAUUAAAGCAUAUAGAAAUAUCAUCCUUGAUAGUAUCCAAUGGUGUAUAUUUGAAUAUCGAAACACUUGAAAAUCAACGAUUUUGUGUUCUCUUGAACCACCAGGGUUUUUGUGUUGUUUCUAAAGUUUUCGAUCAAGAUACUGGUUAUUCUCAAACCUUUUACGAGACUAACUUUGCAUUGUUUUCUAAUAUCAGCAAAGACUAUUGUCGACGAUUCAAUGAGUUAGUAAAUGCUAAGUUGAAUGAGUUUGCUGGGAUAUGCGAAGAUAAAAAUUAAUCUAAAAACAGCG